GGGUGCUUUUCGUUUAGUCUCUUUAGCAGAGAAUAAAACUCCCCUUUUCACUUACCAAAAGAAAAGAACGCAAAAAUGCCGCACGCAGACCAUAGGAAGUACAAGAUCCAGCGGGAGGAGAUGCCGGCGAUGCCUCACUUCACGGACUUCAACGACCCACGCUUCUGCUCAACGAUCAACAAGCAGAAGAACGGCAUUCUUGCCUACUACCAAUGGCUGCAUUGCAUCGGCAACUGGGGUGAGGAGCACUCCAUGUGUAAGAAGAUGCGCUGGUAUGUGGAGCGCAUGAUGCACGAGACCUGGCUCGAGAAAUGGGAGGAGAAACGCGCACUUGGCCACUUUGAUCACACCGUGCUGUACGGCGUCAAGCCUUGGAAGGAGUUUGAACCUCUUUACCAGCCCGUGAAGAAGAAUCGCAAGGGUGCAUACGAGUACUGGCUAGACCGCGACUUCGAACCCCUGUACGACCCCGAUGCAGCUGACUGGCGCGAGAAGGCCCCCAUUCUCCACGAUAUGUUCGUCCUGGGCAAGAAGCCGGUUCCUGUAGAGUAA